AUGGCUCAGGGAUUCAAGGCCAGCAAGCCUAGCGCUUCGACAAGCAAGGCGUCCAGCUCGGGAAGGAAGAGCAAAUCUUCGGCAGGUCCAAAGAUCGGUCAGAGGGUGGUGCCACCCAAGAAAGCCAAGGCAGUCAAGCAGGCAAACAACCUGAGAGUGAGUGACUGUGGGAAAGGCUAUAUGCAGGAUGUCUAAGCGAGGCAUUGAGGCCUGCAGCAUUCGUUGCUGGGUGCGACGGAGCGGUGUCUGUCAUUCUCGUCGACUACACUACUUGUAUGCGCACUAGCAGCUAACCACCUCCCCCUCCCCCCCGGCACUGUCUCCAGAAACAACAAGCGUCCAUCACAACGCGUAUUGAAGGCGAAAUGGCGGGCAGAGCUUCCAACGGUCCCUUGACCAUUAUGAAGAGCGCCGCGGAUGGUGCGGCGGCCGAGAAGGCUGCUCAACAAAAGAAGAAGGGCAAGUGA